AUGCACUUGCUUCCUGAGUGCAUUGUUGCUUUGAAGUAUCCUGCCUUUUGGGAGAGCACGGAUGUGCCUUCGCUCAAGAAAUUUUUAGAUUUUCGACUUUCGGCUGGCGACUUAGAAGAAUCAAAAGUUGAAUACACUCGGUAUAAUAAUGAACUAACUACCAUCAGCAGAUUUUACGCCGAAGCAUCAGCAUUUGGCCAGCAAAAACCUGAGUACACCAACUACCCUCAAACCGUCGUGUUUGUAGUGGGAACGACUGUCAUGUCUGUUGUGGGAACGACUGUCAUGUCUGUUGUAGCGACAGAACAAAUUCAACAAUACUCCAAGUCAACCACCGCCAGCAUCGCGAAGAGGUUCCUCGAUAAUGAUAACGAAAAAACAGAAAAACGUACUAGAACUCAUAAGCCAGAUGAGGACGACUCUGAAAGUGACGAAGACCGUGGCUACCUCGAUGAUAGUGCAAAAUCCCCCAUGACGACCCAUGAAGAGACUGAUGAUGAGAUCGAGAAUCAGAAUCAUGCAAGAUCCCGAAGCGACCUAUUAGGUAGAAAUGACGUGAAAGAUGGAACUCGAACUCCACCCCAUCAAAUCAUUGGAAACCCUUUCGAAUCGGCUAUCUCUCAAUCCUCAAAAAUCCCAAACAGGGAAAGCAUUUGUAGAGCUUCUGCUGAGAGUCUAGCAAGUCUGGAUUGGGAAUUUAUUCCGCUUUUCGAAAAAUACAAAGAACAGGAAAAACAUAAUGUGUACUCUUGCACCAACGACGAUGUUAUGGGCAUCCGAGGUGACAGUGGUUUCGCGAAAUUUUUGACAAUCGAUCAAUAUACGAAACUGCUUUCAGUUCGACCAAAAAGAAAUGCCGUGCUACCGGAAUCUUGGUGUAGAAUUAUAGAGGAAUAUUAUAUGGAGUCAUUAACUGAAGGCGGUCCAAAGAAAACCAUUACUGAUUGGGUUCGCAUCACAAAUGCGUUGAUUGUAGACAAAGUUGGAGAUACUGAGGAGGUGAAGAGACUUAAAAAGUACCUGUAUCGAGUAAUGUUACCUUUAAUCGAAUCAUUCUUUAAACCUGUUCCGGACAUUAGUGCUCCAGACAGUACUGAACAUCACUAUUGGUCAGAGUUCGGACAUCAUUUUUUCUCUAAGGCUUUACAAGAAUUUGCAGGACUGGAUUGGCGAGCCAUGGAGGUUCCCGUAUUUGCAUCUAAAUACAGAAAAAACCAUGGACUUGAUCAUGCAAUACAUAAAGUAGUUGAUGGAAAAUUUGCCGAUCUAUUGGCCCGGUCUUGGGAGACGGGAGAAGAAAUCUUUAUCGGAGAGCAAGCAGGGCCUCCUACUAAACCUGACCUUACGAAGCUCUCUACGAGUUCUUUCAAAUUAUAUCGAGAAUUGAGAGAUUGUUUGAAUGUUCGCAUAUUAUAUGCAAUGGAAAUCGGGGACGUUAACUACAAUAAUCGUGCUGUAUUUGGUAUACUUGGAUAUUUGUUCGAAAUCAAGAUGUUAAUUAUGUGGAAGGAUGGUGUAUACGUAUAUGAGGAGUUUGGGAGUUUCACUGUUGCUUCUCAUUCGAGCAAGAUUCAUAUGAUGAAGGCGGGCAUAUUAAAAUUACUAGAAUUCAUAAUGGUCAUUAAGGUGGAGUCAGAAAGUACCGUGAAAGUAGAACAUGAUAAUGACAAAGUUCAGAUUUUGAAAAGAAAGUUUAGUGACAUUAUUCAAACAAAGUCAUCACCAUCAAAAGUCACAAAGCAGUCAAUGCUUUUAUCGAGGCCAAUUACUUCAGAAAAGCAAAGCAUUGCCAUACAAUUCACUGGGAUUCUCCUACCCGCAUACCAUGUAAAGAAUAUGGUUGUGUUAACAUCUUCGAAAUAUGGAGCAUGCAGAACUCAUGCUGGUAAGUAUCGUUCUCAGGACCAUUAUUAUCGGGAGAAGCUGGAGAAGAUGGCACAAGGCGGGAAUCAGAGAUUCGAUCAUCCGGGGACGGAAGUUAAGACGGAAAAAAAUAUACCUGCCGGUAAUUUCAAGGCGAAUGAAAGAGUUUUAGACUACCCGUCCCAGUUGUCCUAG